AUGGCCAGUGCCUAUGGUCAGUCAGCGCUCGCAAUCGCCACAGCCGCAUCCACUAAUGCCUCCGCUGCCAAUGCCAUAGCCACAGUCGCCGCCGAUUCGUCCGUCAGGGAUAUGUCUGCAGCGGUGGAGAAUGGUUUGACGGUGCCACCAGCAUCUACAUCCACAUCGCCCACCCCGCCCUCAACGCUAAUGCAUCAUUCGCAUCACCUAUCGCAGGUGCAUACGCACCUGCAACUCGCGCAUCACCACCAUCAGCAGCAGCAACAACAACAGCUGCAGCAGCAAUUAGAACUGGAGGCACCGCCGCCAGCCAGCGCCUCAAAUUUGUCGCUGACGCACCAGUUGCAUGCGCAACAAACGGAGAAUGGCGGCGGGAAUUUACAUAACGGCGCCGGUGGUCUACACGGGCAGACGCUCGAGAAUGGCGGCGGCGGCGGCGGUGUCAACAUGCUGCACAGCUACGUGAAUGGCCUGAAUGGGGGCCGGCCAAGCCCUACGGCUUCCGGCUCCUCCGGAGGCAGCCGCUCUUCAGCGCACUCGCUGCCGCUGCCCUCGCACUCGCCCGCGCUGCAACAUCACGCGAAUGGCGGCUAUCUGCAGUCGGCCAGCUGUGCUUCCGCGCUCACAGCCACCGCUACAACGGUCGUGUCCUCGGCCAUUAUGAGUCGUCUAGGAGGCGGCGGCGGCGGCGGCGGUGUUGGCGGCCUUAGUCACAACGGCGGCCUGGCGGACGCGAGCAGCAGCGGUCGUGUUAGCGAUGGUAUAGGCGUUGGUGGUCCUCUAGCGCUGCUGCACCACCAUCAUCAGCACCAUCACCAUUUGGCGCCACAUCAUCACCACCACUCCAUAUCGCAUCAGCACCUCCACCCGCACGAUGCAUCCGUAGGACUCUUGGAUAUAUCCACGUUGUAAAUUACAAACAUAUAAUAAAAAAGGUUAAGUAAAAAAAAUUAAAAAAAAAGAUUAACAUUAGGUUAUGAAAAAUAAAUUAAUUUGAAAAUAAUAUAAUUAAUUUUAUGCAAAAUAGAAGAAAAAAAAAAUUUCGAAUAAGUUAAUGAAAGAAGUGCGUGUAAUGAAGGAGUGAAAUAUCUAAAAAAUAAAAAAUAAAAAAACUGUAAAAAUUUAAUCUAUUAAUUAAACCACUGUACCCCCUGCGCCCGUCGCGCGUUUUCUUUAGUACACUUUAAGCAACGCAGCAAAGUAGCGAAGUUUACCAACGUUGCGGGCAGGGUGAGACAUUCCGCAAGAAGCAAACAUUCCACAAAUUUCGCACCACUAAAUUUCAUUUCGAAUUUGUAACUUUAGAAAACAGCGUUUAAGUGAGAAUGCCGAUGGAGAUGUAAUUAAAAAAUAUUUAUGCUAAGUUGAUUUGUUGUUUUUAGUUAUUUGCGAAAAGCAAACAAAUA